CCCAAGCCUCUACUCUACUCUGUAGUUGCAGCUGCUAUGCCCCCAACGCUGUUAUCGCUGCAACUUCGUCUUCUCCCAAUGAAGACCCACACUCUUCCCAUUUUCUCUAGAACCUUCUUAUCCCCCUUCAAGUUCAAAUACCUCGCCCUUCGAAACCCACAGCUUCUUAAGCCAACGCGCCCUUUCUCCACCAGGGCCCACACGCGCAGUGAUAAUGUUCGUGGUUCCGCUUCCAAGAGUCUCAUCGACGAUGAGGCCGAACUCAGUGACUGGGUCGACGAGUUGCGCACCGGUCGACCCGAAAGGUUCGCCGAGCCGACUCAGAAUUCCAGGGUUAGCCACGAUAAUAAAGACGAAUUUAGGUCAAGGAGGAACAAUAAUAAUAAUAGUAAUAGUAAUAGGGGUUCUGUGUUGGGGAAGAGAAGGGGUGAGGAUUUGAGUAGAGGAAGAAACAAUGUUAAUGCGGUGAGGAAGUUUCAACCGAGGAGUAAUGUUGAUGAUGAUGAAGAUGAUGAUGAUGAUGAUGACGUGGCGAUGAGUGAUUUUCUUAGUGAAGAUGAUGAUGAAGAAGAAGGGAGUGAGGAUGAGGAGAUAUUGAAUAAGAGUAGAACUGCUUUGUUUGGUCAAAAAAAGAGCACUGAACCAACUCCAAGAGCUUCUUCACCUGGUGGAUCUGAUUCUUCUUAUUUGAGUGACACCAGAUUCGACCAAUGUUCAGUCUCCCCACUUUCAUUAAAAGGAGUCAAGGAUGCUGGAUAUGAGAAAAUGACUGUAGUGCAGGAGGCAACUCUUCCCCUCAUUCUCAGAGGUAAGGAUGUCCUUGCCAAGGCUAGAACAGGCACGGGAAAAACAGUAGCCUUUUUGCUUCCAUCAAUUGAAGUUGUUGCAAAGUCACCUUCAAGUGACCGUGAUCAAAGGCGGCCACCAAUUCUUGUUCUUGUCAUAUGCCCAACUCGAGAGCUUGCAAGUCAAGCUGCUGCAGAAGCCACUAAACUGCUGAAGUAUCAUCCUUCUAUUGGUGUUCAAGUUGUGAUUGGCGGGACAAGACUUGCUUUAGAACAGAAACGCAUGCAAGCAAACCCUUGCCAGAUCCUUGUUGCUACACCUGGAAGGCUUAGAGAUCAUGUUGAGAAUACUGCUGGUUUUGCAACUAGGCUGAUGGGUGUGAAGGUUUUGGUGCUUGAUGAAGCCGAUCAUUUGCUAGACAUGGGAUUUCGCAAAGAUAUUGAGAAGAUAAUUGCUGCAGUCCCUAAACAAAGACAAACACUUAUGUUUUCUGCCACCAUUCCAGAAGAGGUGCGUCAAGUCUGUCAUAUUGCUCUGAGAAGGGAUCAUGAGUUUAUCAAUACAGUUAAAGAGGGGACCGAGGAGACACAUUCACAGGUCCGCCAGAUGCAUUUAGUUUCCCCGUUAGACAAGCAUUUCUCUUUACUCUAUGUUCUUCUGAAGGAGCACAUUGCAGAUGAUGUUGACUAUAAGGUUCUUGUUUUCUGCACAACUGCUAUGAUCACAAGACUUGUUGCUGAUCUUCUUGGUGAGUUGAAAUUGAAUGUGAGAGAAAUCCAUUCAAGAAAGCCUCAGAGUUAUAGGACCAGAGUCUCUGAAGAAUUUCGGAAGUCAAAGGGUCUCAUCCUGGUUACUUCGGAUGUAUCUGCACGUGGAGUUGACUAUCCAGAUGUCACUCUUGUUGUACAGGUUGGUUUACCAUCUGAUAGAGAACAGUAUAUACAUCGAUUGGGUAGAACAGGCCGAAGAGGGAAAGAAGGGCAGGGCAUACUGCUACUGGCUCCUUGGGAAGAGUUUUUUUUAUCUACCACAAAAGAUUUGCCUAUUCAGAAAGCUCCUGUACCUUCAGUUGAUCUUGACACUCAGAAAAAGGUGGAAAGGGCUCUAUCCCAUGUGGAGAUGAAGAAUAAAGAAGCAGCAUAUCAGGCCUGGCUUGGUUACUACAAUUCCAACAAGAAAGUGGGGCGAGACAAGCUGAGGCUAGUUGAGCUUGCAAACGAGUUCAGUAGAAGCAUGGGGCUUGAUAACCCUCCAGCUAUUCCUAAGCUAGUCCUUGGGAAGAUGGGCCUUAGAAACAUCCCUGGUUUACGUUCCAAAUAGCUUAUUUAUUCGAUUCAAUUUCUGAUAACUCAUGUAAAAGAUAAAAUUUUCUUGAGUUAAAAUCCUCCCUUAUAAUUUAAUUUGAAGACUUGAAGCAUCUAAAUUUCGAUUAUAUAUAUCGCCAACUUUUGUUUA